GCUGCGGGUUUCAUACGUGUAUUUUUCAUUUGUAGGUAUGCCAUUCAUGCAAUCAUCUGACGUGAUUUCCUGUGUUGAUUGAUCCUCGUGGGCAAUUCGGACGGUUUGCCGGCAGUGGUAAAGAUGCCCUUCCUUCUUUCUGUUUCUUCCUUACUACAUCCCGGUAAGCAUUCCAGACGAUCAAUCGCACGACUUCAUCAGGGUACCCUGUCACCGUAGCCUAUACUGGAACCGGACGGACCAAUAUAUCGGAUGUUGACAGGACUUCUUGGUUGCAGAGCUGUCGGAGCCAGUGAAAUCGUCCUUCGCGACCAGAAUACGCACUACAAUGCAAAACUGACUGGACCGAGGGGCGUGACCCGAAGUUGCUGACUCAAGGCGAGCCUCUCGUUUGUCGCUGAAGUAAUCGCUGUGGACGUCACGAAAUCUGGCACGAGUUCAGAAAGUCUCAAGGGUACCAGACGGUGCAUGACGUGAGCAUAGUACGAUGGCGCGGGUUGGUGCGGAAGGUGGUCGUCGUCGGCCUGACGUCACGCCCAUCCUCCCUUCGUCUUGCUCCGCUAUAAAAGUCCAGGGCUGAGCUGGGCCACCGAUUUGGAAGGGUGCAGUUGCCUCACGAAGCAAGUCCAUGAUCCAAAGCUGACUUUCUCUGCCAGGCAGCUCAGGUGGGCUGCGUGCUAUGAACACUGCGACGGUAUCGCCGGAUAACCUACUCCCGGAAUAACACGUCAACGACAUUGGACCACAAACCACCCUCGCGGUGUCUGAGCCGGAAGAAGAGGCCAGCCCGAGUGCAGGUGCCAGUACAGCAGAGCCCGAGCCCAGUACGGAGUCCGUAUCCCAGACCGAGGCAAGGCCAAGCACAGACACACCGGGCGCAAUGCUACUUCUCGAGUCGCCACAGAGCGCACCGUUAAGUUCAUCCAGUAGCCUCUUACACGCCGACUACCUCUCGUCCUCGUUCACAGCCGAGGAGACCUUCUCGUUGAGCGAGGAGUUCAAGCUCCCCGGUCUCGAUAUUGUGGGAGCGCAGGUUCCUUCAGAGGUAUUCAGCGACGUCUCCUCUUACCAGGAGAUGUUCCAGUCAAGCUUUCCUGGUGUUAGCAGCUCACCUAUUUCGGACCAGCCAACUCCUUUGGCCCCUCUCAGUAUACCACCCACUAACCCAUCUGCCCUGCCAAGUUUCGAAGAGACUUAUUCUCCCAGGUACAGGCGGGACAUUACUCAUUCAGGUGUAUUCUCGUUCAAAUUUGAGGAGCUCCGGCCUGAGUCCGAGCUUCAAGAGUCCGGAAGUCCGGAGUCAUACCAAGUGUCCGUCGGCGGCUUUUCACCCAAGCCUCAAGCCUCUGGUUAUCGGUCAUUCACUCCGCCUACUGCACCCAUGUCCUCAUCAGGUUCCCAUUUCUACAAGGGGGAGGUAGACGCUCCCGCCUACCAGUCCUCGGAAUGUUACGUUCGAUACCAGGGUGACCAGCGAGAACACGCCAAGCCUGGUUUCUCAGGCUACCUGCAAACAACUCCAUCGUCGCCAAUAUACACCAAGAGUGUCGCUUAUGCCGGCGAGCAAAUGCCGUCAACGUCCGCGGCCCCUUCAGAAAGUACAACUUUCAGCAUGGCAUCGGGUUCAUCGUCUUCAAUGACGUCCUUUCCCGGCGACCUCACUCCGCCGCUGACGAGCCCCAGUUCUUCCUGGACUAGAUCUAGGAAGUCAUCGCUGUCCUUGCCGUCGCCCCGCUCUUCUUCAGAGCUGAGACGGCAAUCACUCACACACAGUGCUGCACGAACUCCAUCAACUUCAACUGCAGCCACCACUGCAGCCACCAGCUCAAGCACGUCUUCCUCAUCAACACCACCAACGCCAUCGUCACAGUUGUGUGCAGUGUGCGGAGAUAAUGCCGCCUGCCAACACUACGGCGUGAGAACUUGCGAAGGGUGUAAGGGCUUCUUCAAGAGAACCGUUCAAAAAGGAGCGAAAUAUGUGUGCCUUGCCAACAGAGAUUGUCCCGUAGACAAACGAAGAAGAAAUAGAUGUCAGUUUUGUAGGUUUCAAAAAUGCUUGACCGUAGGCAUGGUCAAAGAAGUUGUCCGGACGGAUAGCUUGAAAGGCCGUCGCGGUCGAUUACCUUCAAAGCCGAAAAGUCCACAGGAAUCGCCGCCAUCUCCUCCUGUUAGCCUCAUCACUGCUCUCGUCAGGGCCCACGUAGACACCUCGCCUGACAUUUCAAAUAGAGAUUACUCCAUGUGCCGCGACCUUCCCAUUGAAGAGGGUCGGAGGACGGCUGCUGAGGUACAACAGUUCUACACCCUUCUUACAACAUCCGUAGAUGUCAUUAAGACCUUCGCGGAGAAGAUUCCUGGUUUUAGUGACCUUGAAAAAAGUGACCAAGAGCUCCUCCUGCAGUCGUCCAGCUUGGAACUCUUCGUGCUGAGGCUAGCCUAUAGAAUACGGCAAGAUGACGAGGAGUUCACGUUUUGUAACGGCGUCGUAUUACAUCGGACCCAAUGCGAGCGAACUUUUGGUGAUUGGCUGAACGCGAUUUUGGACUUUUCUCGAAGUCUUCAUGCCAUGCAGAUGGACAUCUCAGCCUUCGCUUGCCUUGCAGCCUUGACCCUGGUCACAGAGCGACACGGGCUCAAGGAUAGCAGCAAGGUGGAACAACUUCAGAUGAAAAUUAUUGGAUCGUUACGGGACCACGUGACAUACAACAGCGAGGCCCAGAAGAAGCCCCAUUACUUCUCGCGAAUCUUAGCGAAGUUGCCAGCCCUGCGGUCGCUCAGCGUACAGGGUCUCCAGAGGAUUUUCUACAUGAAGCUGGAGGAUUUGGUGCCUGCACCUCAAGUCAUAGAGAAUAUGUUUGUCUCGAGCCUUCCCUUCUAGAGGGUCAUCCGGGCCUCAUUAAUGGACCACGAAUGGACUUUAGUGUGUGUGAGACUCGUCUGCUGUUGAACACUUUCGUUUUCGUCCUAUAGUAGUGCAAUUCUCUUGUUACGGAAGACGUCUAGAAGGCCCUCAAUAAUGACUCAUGUGAUAGCAAAUUGAGUUAUUGCUUGUAUCGCGCGUGUGGCCGGCCAGCAUUUUCACCAUGCAUUUGCUUCCUUCCCAUGAGACACCGUUCAUUUGAAUACACGUGCUUCACGAUCAUUUUAUCUAUAUUUAUUCUAACCAUCGUCACAUACGCAACGAUGCUAUAGCGAUGGUGAUAAUGUAUUCAAUAAUGCCUCUGGAGGCACCAACCCGUUUCUUCUAUUCCUAUCACACCUAGUCCCCUUUUGCUUUUGUUUAAGUUAUCUCGAAGCCAACAACACUAGUCGUGUACAAUGGAUUGGUAGACGUUUUGAAGCAGCUCCCAAAAAAGCAGCUGCGUUAUUUACGCUUGUUGUAAGAUUGACUUUAGUAAUGCUACAGUAUCAUUUUAUUUUACAACCUCUUCUAGUCAAAUGAACUGUACUUUCGGUACAGCGUUUUAUUGUACUUUAUUGACAUUUGUGUGUUGUAAACGUGUCCUAUUGUCAUGCCUAUUAAAGUUGAGCACACUCAUUCUCAAGGGCAUUCUCGGAACAUACCACUCGGCAGCCCAUCAGGACAAUCCACAUCUUGGACAUUGAGCCGUGGGGUGCCGUUGGCAAGUCGCGUUUGCCGUCGUGUUUUUGUGUAGAAGGAACACACAGUUCAAUAUGACAUUCUCUCUCUUUCAAGUCAUCACUGCCUUAAACGACAUUCCACUCAUGUUGCGUUAACGACGGUCGACCAACAGCUCAGCAUUCCUGUGCGAUGUACAUCGUUUUCAUUUCAUUGUCACAUAAAAUGGCCGCACAAAAGAAGCAAGAAAAUACUUCAUGUACACAACCCCACUGUACUGUAAACAUGUUCGCGAAGUACAUCGCUGAUGCAGUUUUUGCACUCAGCCUGCGGGGUCCUAUUGGGUAAUACUCGUUUGUAACGGAGAUAAAAAAAAGAAAGAGAAAAAAACGGAGCUUUCGCUAUGAAUCUCAACGAAACCGUACAUUGUUUCAAAAUGAAAUUCCUAAGUUUUUCUUCACACACUGCGAUCGCGGACCGAUUUGUCAUGUACAAGGAGAGAGGCUUCCUCAUCACAGUACUAAUGCUCUUUAUCACAAAGAGAUACGCUUCUAAAAGAGCAUGAUUUUGGGCGUAGUAUCUGUUGCGCAAUCAGGCUUUCCCCAUCAUGGAAUUCGUGGGUUUAGAUUGCCUCUCGAUGACCAGCGGAGCUGCUGAAAUAUUGUCUGUAUGCAAACCAGCCGGGGUGUUUCAAUCAUGUCCAUAAAUUUCGUCGAUCUACUGCGCGUUUGAUCUCAUUCUUUACGAUAGCCUUCCGAAGUUGCCCCACGUGUCGACGCGUUUCAUGACAUAGCCAUCACAAUAUUUUACUGUCACCAUCCUUUUCAGUUUUAUCUUCUCCGUGGUUUUCACAUUUCGCGUGCCGGUUAUUCGGAUGCUCUUUGAAAGAUUUGUGACUGUGCGUUACCUCACAGAUUGUUGUAUAUCGACUGAUUUGUUCCACUGUUUUACUUGGAUGAACCUUUAUGAAAUACGUAAGAGAAAUACAAAAUUGUUGCUGUU